AUUGUCUACCUAGUGGCCACACAGUCCUUAGGAUAAAGAGGGGAUAAUGAAAGUAUAGUGGGGUAGUAUUGCUGUGGUCGUUUACUGAAGGAAAGAAAAAGAAAAUGCCACCGGAGCUCCUCCAUGCUCACCAGAGCCACCACCACUACCACCUGCCACCACCACCACCACCACCACGAGUCCUCUCUGGGUUUCAUUUUACAUCCAACAAUCAGACUGUAACGGUGGUCGGCCUCAAGAAUGGACUGAGUAGUUUCAGGCGGCCAACGGAGCCGCCGCUGAGAUGUAAAAGGUGGAGAACAUCAACUGCUUUUCCCAGGCGGAGACUCUGCUCAAUUUCAGCCUCAUUUGCACCACUGGAUUUAACAGAGGAUAACGUCAAUAGGGUCUUGGCUGAUGCUCGAGUCGAGUUGGGGCAACUCUUCGAUACUUCAAUUGGCAUGACAGGAGUAGCAGAACUUGCUGAAUUGGAUGGACCCUAUGUCAAGAUUAGCUUAAAAGGCAGGUUUUGGCACAAACGUUCGGAUGUUUUAGCCAGACUUGGUAAUUACCUGAAGCAGAAGAUUCCUGAAAUUUUGGAGGUAGAGAUAGAAGAUGAGAGGCAACUGGAUGACAGCCCUGAAAACUUUUGAAGUACUCUGUUCUACUGCAUUGUAAAAAUGGUCGUACCCACUGCAUACGACAAGUGGCAACGUGCUUUUCCCUCAUUUUGCUGGUGUCAGACUUAAAGCGAUAAUAAGUGUUCUUCCAUCUAAACAAUACAUUGUAGGUUUAUGCCCGAGAAUCACAGUAGAUUUCAUAUCAAAUAGCAUGGUUGCUUGGCAUCUAGACAUACCACUCUCCUUUUGAAUGCUUUUUGGUGGAUAGUUGAUGGAUAAAUUACAUCCAAUCAAUACAUCCCAAGUUCGAGAUGUGGUUGUCACACUGAUUUGUGCCAUAAUAUUGCAUUAUUGAGCUAUGAAUUUCAUACAUAACAUGAUUUGACCAGUUAUAUGUUGAACAUUGUACUCAUUUUGCA